CGAGGGGCUCGGCUCCGCGUUUUCGCAUCCUGCAUUCCCCCUCUCUGCCCUGCUCUUCGCCUCCUUCUUUCUUCUUCUUAUUUAUUAUUACUAUUUUUUUUUUAAAGAAAACUUAUUUUGGGGUGGUUUGCUCUGGGCAUCUGCUUUGCCCAGGAGUUGGAAAGGGAACUGGACUCGGGAUGGUUUUCCUGUCACUUUGGUUGAUCGCAACCUCUCUGGUGGAGGUUAGGACGUCAGCGGAUGGACAAGCUGGUACUGAAGAAAUGGUGCGAAUAGAUUUACCAAUAAAGAGAUACAGAGAGUAUGAGCUGGUGACACCAGUCAGCACAAAUCCGGAAGGACACUACCUCUCCCAUGUUCUUUCUGCAAGUCACAAAAAGAGACCCACAAGGGACGCGUCUUCCCGCCCCGAGCAGCUGUUCUUCAACGUCACAGCCUUUGGACGAGACCUUCACCUGCGACUAAGACCCAACACUCGCCUCGUGGCUCCUGGGGCUGUUGUGGAAUGGCAUGGGACAUCUCUCCUACCUGGGACUGUGCCUGACCCCCACGGUGACCAGCAACAUCGAAGCGCUGCAGGAGAAAGCUGGAGGGCAGAGCCCUUGCAGACCACUUGUGCUUAUGUUGGUGACAUCGUGGACAUUCCAGGAACCUCUGUUGCCAUUAACAACUGUGAUGGUCUGGCUGGAAUGAUAAAAAGUGAUAACGAAGAGUAUUUCAUUGAACCAUUGGAAAGAGGUAAGCAGAUGGAGGAAGAGAAAGGAAGAAUUCAUGUUGUCUACAAGAGAUCAGCAGUAGAACAGACUCCAAGAGCCACAUCCAGAGACUUCUACUACAGAGAGUUGGACCUGGAUGGCCCUGAUGACCUUGGUGUCCUUUACGGCAGUGUUGGCCAGCAUCUGAAUGACACGGUGAGGCACCGCAGACACGCAGGAGAAAACGAUUACAAUAUUGAGGUGCUUCUUGGAGUGGAUGACUCUGUGGUCCGCUUCCAUGGAAAAGAGCAUGUCCAAAACUACCUCCUCACCCUGAUGAACAUUGUGAAUGAAAUUUACCAUGAUGAGUCCCUUGGAGUGCAUAUAAAUGUGGUUCUGGUGCGCAUGGUCAUGCUCGGCUACACAAAGUCCAUCAGCCUCAUAGAAAGGGGGAACCCGUCCAGGAGUUUGGAGAACGUGUGUCGCUGGGCUUGCCAACAACAAAAAUCUGAUCCCAACCACUCUGAACAUCAUGAUCAUGCAAUUUUCUUAACCAGACAAGACUUUGGGCCUGCAGGAAUGCAAGGGUACGCUCCGGUCACAGGCAUGUGUCACCCCGUGAGAAGCUGUACCCUGAAUCACGAGGAUGGAUUUUCAUCUGCUUUUGUAGUAGCCCACGAAACCGGCCACGUGUUGGGGAUGGAGCACGACGGGCAGGGCAACCGGUGUGGGGACGAGACGGCCAUGGGCAGCGUCAUGGCGCCCCUGGUCCAGGCGGCCUUCCAUCGCUACCACUGGUCCCGAUGCAGCGGCCAGGAGCUGAGAAGAUACAUCCACUCCUAUGAUUGUCUCCUUGAUGACCCUUUUGAACACGAUUGGCCCAAACUCCCAGAGCUUCCUGGAAUAAAUUAUUCUAUGGAUGAGCAGUGCCGGUUCGAUUUCGGUGUUGGAUACAAAAUGUGCACCGCGUUCCGAACCUUUGACCCAUGUAAACAGCUCUGGUGUAGCCAUCCUGACAACCCUUACUUCUGUAAGACUAAGAAGGGACCCCCACUUGAUGGGACUGAGUGUGCUGCUGGAAAGUGGUGUUACAAGGGGCAUUGCAUGUGGAAGAACGCCAACCAACAAAAGCAAGAUGGCAGCUGGGGGUCAUGGACCAAAUUUGGCUCCUGUUCCCGGACAUGUGGAACUGGUGUUCGUUUUAGAACACGCCAGUGCAACAACCCCACGCCCAUCAAUGGUGGUCAGGAUUGUCCCGGUGUUAAUUUUGAGUACCAGCUUUGUAAUACGGAAGAAUGCCAGAAGCACUUCGAGGACUUCAGGGCACAACAGUGCCAACAACGUAACUCCCACUUUGAAUACCAGAAUACCAAACACCACUGGCUGCCCCACGAGCAUCCUGACUCCAAGAAAAGAUGCCACCUUUACUGUCAAUCCAAAGAGACGGGAGAUGUGGCUUACAUGAAGCAGCUGGUGCAUGACGGAACACGCUGUUCUUACAAAGACCCGUACAGCAUAUGUGUGCGGGGGGAGUGUGUGAAAGUGGGCUGUGAUAAAGAAAUCGGUUCCAACAAAGUUGAGGAUAAAUGUGGGGUCUGUGGGGGAGACAAUUCCCACUGUCGAACUGUGAAGGGAACUUUCACUAGAGCACCCAGGAAGCUUGGGAAACAUUUAAGCAAGAGAUGCCAUAAAGAAGUCAAGUUGCUGGAGAGUGAAAUCUGGAAGACAAGAGGAGUUUUCACUUUACCCAAAGGAGCUCGUAAUAUUUCUCUUGCUGAAACAAGAGAAGCCAAAAAUGUCCUGGGGUCCCUUAAGAUGUUUGAUAUCCCCCCUGGGGCUAGACAUGUGUUAAUCCAAGAAGACGAGGCUUCCCCUCAUGUUCUUGCCAUCAAGAACCAGGCUACAGGCCACUACAUUCUAAAUGGCAAAGGGGAGGAAGCCAAGUCGCGGACCUUCAUCGACCUUGGUGUGGAGUGGGAUUAUAACAUUGAAGAUGACAUCGAGACUCUGCACACAGAUGGACCCUUGCAUGACCCUGUCAUUGUUCUGAUUAUACCUCAGGAGAAUGACACCCGCUCUAGCCUGACGUACAAAUACAUCAUCCACGAAGACUCUGUGCCAACAAUCAACAGCAACAAUGUCAUCCAGGAAGAAUUAGACACCUUUGAGUGGGCUCUGAAGAGCUGGUCCCAGUGUUCCAAACCCUGUGGUGGAGGUUUCCAGUAUACAAAGUACGGAUGCCGGAGAAAAAGUGACAACAAAAUGGUUCACCGGAGCUUCUGUGAGGUCAACAAAAAGCCAAAACCUAUCAGACGGAUGUGCAACAUGCAGGAGUGCACACAUCCCCUCUGGACGGCAGAGGAGUGGGAGCACUGCACCAAGACCUGCGGGAACUCGGGCUUCCAGCUCCGCACCGUGCGCUGCCUCCAGCCGCUCCAGGAUGGCACCAACCGCUCCGUGCACAGCAAAUACUGCCUGGGAGAUCGGCCCGAGAGCCGCAGGCCCUGUAACAGAGUGCCUUGCCCUGCCCAGUGGAAGACAGGGCCCUGGAAUGAGUGUUCGGUGACCUGUGGUGAAGGAACGGAGGUGAGGCAAGUCCUCUGCAGGGCUGGAGACCACUGCGAUGGCGAAAAGCCCGAGUCCAUCAGAGCCUGCCAGCUGCCUCCCUGUCAUGACGAGCUGUGCUUGGGAGACAAGUCCAUCUUCUGUCAAAUGGAGGUGCUGGCCCGGUACUGCUCCAUCCCGGGCUACAACAAGCUGUGCUGCGCGUCCUGCCGCAAGCGCGGCGGCACCGAGGCGCCCCCGGCCCUGCUGGAGGCGCCCCCGGCCCAGGAGGCCGCGCUCUUCAGCCCCGGGGGCCUCCCUCGCUACUCUGAGCCCUCGGCAGAGCAGAAGUCUCUGAGUGGCGUCCCUUCGGGGAGAAAUCCAAACUCGCCGGGUGCUCGCUUCCCCCAGAGGGGCGCACAGCAGGAGGGGAGUCCGGCGGCUCUGGUCUCAGCUCGCCCCUCCUCGUCCGUGCAGAGUGCUCACCCCCAUUCUGCUGCCCCCGCCCUGGCAGUCGGGGAGCCAACUGGUGCUUCUUCUCAGGCAAGAACCUCAGAGACAGAUGGGACGCUCGCGAACCCGAGGCGGGCUGCAAGAUCCGCAACCUUAGGGAGAUGAGAAAGUGGAGCACCUCCCUCCCUGCGUGGUGCGCGUGGACCUCUCCCCAGAUGGCUCGCUCAUCUCUCUGCAAGAGGAAGGUCAGAAAGUGCUGGCUCACUUUCUACUUGCUUUCAUCCUCACUUCAUUCUGCAUUGACUCGUUGACCGGAAGUCAUUGGAAGAAAGCGCCAAAGGGGAUCAUCAACCAACCCAGCGUGAGCCACCGUGCAUGGGCUCCAAGUUCUCAGCUAGCCAGCCUGGACUAUAGACAUUGGGACGCUCUCAGAAAGCCAAGCCAAACCCGGAGAGGAAAGUUGCUAAACAUGCUGGUGGGUCUGGAAUGAAGAAAAGAGAUUGGACCCAUCGGUGCGUAUCAGCCACCUGAUACUUCAAGAAAAUUUGGAAAUGAGGCAAAUAAUUCUUAAACUUGUAUUCCUAAUUAUCUAUAUUAGAAAUAUCGUAUGAGCAAUUUGCAGCCAGUGUGUAAAUACUGUAUAGUGCAGAAAAAAUCAGUAUUAUUUUAAAAGAUGUUCUCCAUUGAUUGUUUACUAUCUUACAUUUCUGGAUGUGCUGGGCACCUGCUAUUUAGUGUCACCUAAUGUGACAGCCUGUGCUUCAUGUUCAAAGCAGGGUCUUCUGAAGAAGUUAGAACUCCAGCUACUGAAAACACAAGAGGGUUUUCUACAAGGUUUUUGUUGAAACUGUAAGUGCACAGAUCUCACUUUAUCACCUUGAAAGGAUGAGGAUGGGUGUCUUAGUAACCUUGUGGCUGCAAGGUACAUAGGAGGUGAACAUGUGGAACAAAAUCCAUGCUAUUGCCAGCAUAUUUGGGGCAUCGUUGAUGUGCCCUGUAUCUUGGGCUAUUGCCCCAUUGUUGCUAUAUACUUGGACUGUGAUAAUCACAAAAAUGUUGGUAGCUGAGGAAAGAAUCAUCAGGCAAGGAUUGAGUAUAAUAGUGCUUUGAAAACAUGUGUUAGUGGUUGAGAUAUUUAUUCUCUGCAUGGUUCCUAUUCAAAUGUCCACAACCAUCAUGCAUCUGACUGCAAUAAUGUGCUAGUAAUUUAUGUCAGUGAGCACCUUGCUCACAGCAAAUCCAGAAAUGCGCUCUCCGGGGAGGGGUGUAAAGUAUUGUAUAUAGGAUACAGAUUGGAAGAUAUUUAUUAAGAGUUGAUUUUCUUCUUGAUAGUAUUUUUAUGUUCUAAAUACACUAAGAUCAAUGAAUUUCAGCAAACUAGAGAGAAAGGAUUAGAAAUGCAUGCUCUAUUUUCUGUGUAUCCAUUUAAGCAAGCAGCCCAUUCAACAAGAUAAAAAUUAUGUAAAUUUGUAUUAAACUUUCUUUUAUGGUAAUGAAGAUUUGAAUCCAGGCCUUCUCUCUAUCUAGGCAAUUCUGCCACUAAGCUAUAUCCCCACCCCAUUAUUAUUUUGUGACAUUGUUUCUCUAAAUUCCCAAAGCUGGCCUUAAAUUUGCUCUGUAGUCGAGGCAGGCCUAGUAAGACUGAUUCUUUUAUGGCCUCCAGGACUGUAACCCCAGGUCCAUCUGAUCUUAAACAGUAGUUUAUGACUUGUUCCUCUUCUAGAAACAUAAAAUAGGCAUUCAGCUAGCUGUUCAAAGAAAUAGAAAUUGUGUUAAAGCCUGGUGUGGUCGUGCACACCUGUAAUCCCAGCCCUGAGGUAGGUUGAGACAGGCCAGCUUGGGCUACAAAGCUAGGUCUUGCCUCAUCUUUUAAGUCAAUCCCUGAAGGAUGGACACAUUGACCUUUCAAGUAAAGACUUGGUGUUUUCACCGUUGCUGCUACUUUGUGUGAGAACUUUCUUUUUAAUGUCAAAUUAGGUGAAUUCCAGAUAAUAAAACAAUCCUAACCCUUGAGGCUUAAAUAGAACAUUUUUUUUUCUUUUCCUGAAAAUUUCACUUGAAUGAAAUUCUCUCUAGUUUACUUGAGUAUCCAGGCAUCUAGUCCACAGGGAAUAUGAAAACUGUCACACACAUACACCUCCCAUAGAGAUGUACAUAUUCCUUACACUUUUUAUCUAUGUGCUUUCUUUUCUACUAAGCUAAAAAUUCCUUUUUAUGAAAGUGUACACUACUGAUGCUGUUUGUUGUAUUGGGAACAUGUACCAAUAAAAAAUGCUAACAACAAUGA